AUGUCAAAUAUUGACUCACCUACAGAAUCAAUCGUCAAUUCCAAAAUUAUAUUCAAAACUUCAAAAGUUUCAUUAUAUAAACUACCCUACAAUCACACAAGUAUUAAAGAUUUCAAGAACGGUUACAAUUUACAUUUACCAGAACCCAUUGAUUUAAACAACAUAAAAGAUUGCAUAUGGAGAGGAUCUAUACGAUUAUUAGAAGAAGAAAUAGAACAACAACCACUAGAAGAUACACCUCAAAAUAUAAUAGAACCAUUUUCAAAAAUAAGAGCAAAAUUAGAAUUCAUAAAUAUAAUAAAUGAAGAUAUUGAAAAAUUAUGGGGAGAAACAUGGUAUAUUCCAGUGAAUAGAAAUAUAGAAUCGGAAAUCGAAUCAAAUUCUCAAUUGUUAGAUGACCAUAAUAUUAUAACUAAAUAUAUUUCUAAAAUUUCAAAUGAUGGAACUGAUUCAAUUAAAUUAGUUAGAGAUACAAGUAAUUAUAGUAGAAUAAAUUGGUAUAGAAUAAUUGUUCAGAUUCCAGGUACUGGCUUUUUGCCAAUUAUAAAUCAACAACCACCAACAACUCAAGACGCAAAACAAAAUCAAGAUAUUACACAAGUUGCAUUACUUUUAAAAUUUAAUACAAGUUUGGAAGCAGAAAUAUUUAAUGAAAAAUUAGAUGAUUUUGCAAUGAAAUUUGAAGAUCAAGAAUCUUCAUACUACAAUGAGAAAUGGGAAUCAAUAAUUAAUGAUGAUGGUAGUUCAGCCACCAAGAGGAAACCAAUUAUUGAUUCAGAUUCUGAUGAUUUUAAUACUAGACGAUUAACUCAAAAGUAUCAUGAUAUGAUACUAAAAGAAGCUAGUAAGAUGAUUGAAAGAAAACAACAAAGGUGGAAGAAAAAUAAUGAUAAUCAAAUAAAUCAUUCACUGAGACGAGUUAAAGAUAGUAGUGAUAAUUCAUCUACAACAAGUGACGAAGAAGAUGAUUUUGGAGAUUUUGUAUCGAAUUAG